AAACUUAUCCUUAUGAUCUUUAUUUGUUGUGACACACACACACACACACACACGGGAAAUGAACACACAGGACCCAACGUGUCUCGCCGCAGCAGUGAGCACUUGCGUGUUUACAUUCGUGUGUCACGGGAUUGAGGUGUGUGUGGCUGCUCCACAAAGUCUUAAUGCCACCACUCAAAGCUGUAGAGCGACUGGAGAAACUUUGUGGCUGUAAAGUUGCAAAUCACCUUUUUUGUGUCUUCUCAUCAUGGUACAAAGGCAGCAAUGGCUUCAAAAUCAAUAGUGACCCUAACUACAUUGAAAGUGAAAGCUUAGGAAAUGGUACCCUACUGAAGCUUCAUGGCUUGCUGAAUAAUACUUCAGAAGAUGGAGAAGACUCACUGAUUCAGGAUUGCAAUGCAAGAGAGGACAAAUAUAUUCAGCAGUUAACUGAAAAAAACAAUGACCAAGGAAACUGCAGAAGUGGUACAGUCUCUCCUAUCCCACUUCAGUACCACAUGAUUGAUGCAAUAACUCACUGGUUGGCAAGGGAAACAAGAGAAUACUUGUCACGUCACUUAGCUCCCAGGUUCCGGGAGGAGGUCCUUGAACUCCUAAUAAAUGUAAUUGCAUGUAAGGUUGAGCUGCCCAGGCCAAAAGAAAAACUUCGCAUAUAUGAGGAAGAUUUGGAUUUUAUAUGUUUGUUAGCAUUCUUAUUAUGCAUAAGCUUGAAGUGUUUGCUGACAAAAGGUGUAACGGCUUUGGAUCUGUCUCCUAUAUCACAUUUAGUAAAAAAAUGGAAAUUAUUGUGCUGGGGUGGAGAAAUUGUCAAUCAUAAUGGAGAAGAAUGUAAAUGUCCUUCUUUUGACAUAUUUGGCUUUUCUCUUGAUGUUGGAGUUUCAGGAUUAAAAACACUUAAAUAUCUGAAGUUACCCCAUUUUGUAUACAACAGCUUUGUAAGAAAAAUUGCAUACAUGUGCCCUAACCUAGAAGUCUUAAUUCUGCGAUGUUCAGCAGAUUGUGCCAACCCAAAGUACAAUGCUCCUGUGGUCACUAAUGUGGAAGUAUUGUAUGGAGACUCUAUGCUUUGUCCUGAUGGCCACGUGAGACUUAUACCUGGUUGUAAGGAUUUAGUUACUCUUGCUCUGCCUGAAGGUGUGGAAACCUUGGAUGUCACUAAUGAUGCUAUUGAAAUGUUGACAUACAUGCCCAACCUGCAGUAUUUUGUGGGUGUUCCUAUGAUUUAUGUGACAGAGGAGUUUGAGGAAAUUUUUGACCAAUUUCCUGAGCCUCCAAAGUUGACUAAUUUUCAUCAUGGUGCAUAUGAGAUAUUGAGUUGGCCAACUUUUGUGUAUGAGGAAUCUCCAGCAGUACCAGAUUCUGAGUAUUUGUCUAGAGUGUUUUCCAGAGUUAAAGAGGUAGGAAUAUAUGCACCAAGUCAUGUCACUGAAAAAGUUCUGAAAGGAUUUCCAAAGGCUCAAGACAUUACAAUAUUCACAGAUAAUUUUCCAGCUCAUGGUAAAUACUUAAAAAACUUGACAUCACUGGAUAUCAACACAGGGUAUCAAGAAGAGUGGCCUAUCCUUGUCUCCCUAAGUCAGACUUCCCCAAAAUUAGAGCAGUUAACCCUCAGGUCUUUCUCUUUGCAAAUGGAUGAUGUUUGUACCCAAAGCCCUGUCUUUUCCUCCUUGCAUACCUUAAAGUUCCACGGUCAGCAUGUACUACAGGGAACGGCACUGCUCAUCUUCCUUCGUGGUUGUCCCUCACUCUCUACCUUCAUCCUCUCAAUGAUAACAGAUGAGGAUGGGGAUUCACAACUGGAUGAACAAACUCUAUUGCAAGCUAUCCCAAUGUUAACUGGUAUCCAGAAAUUUGUAUACAAAGUUCAGAGUGCUUUAAAGACAACAGGUGGUGUUCCAUCUAGCUUAACAAUGCAGUCAUGUUUGGCUUUGAUUGAUGCUUGUCCACACCUUGUGUAUAUUGGACAGUUGGAAACAUGGAAAAUUACAAAGUUAGAGUUAAAUACUUUACAGGAGUUAGUGAGGAGUAAAAAUUGGGAUUUGGAAAUUGCUUGACAGGGAAAUCCAUUUAGAAAAAUAGAGAAAAAAGUUUGAUACUCAUUUCUGUUUCUGUACAGUGUAUGGAUUUGUAACACCAAAAAUUAAUAUGGACUAUUAGAUGCUUUGGAGGGUUAAGAAUAUAGUAUUUAUGUUUUUAUAAAAGCAAUAUUCAUAAAUCUGCAUUUGUUAAAAUAAGUUCAAUUGUUGAGAUUAUGUUAGGACUGAAGAUGUAUAUGUGUUUUGGAGAUGCAUUGAAAUUUCAAAUAAAAUUAUGAUAAAC